GAGCGCGCGGGCGCUUUACGACAGGCCCUUCCUCGGCUUACGGCAGGGCUUCCGAGGGGUAGGGGCGCUCGGCCGCUCCGAGGGCGGGCCGGGGGUGGUUUCCCGCGACUUGGUUUUCUACCCGGGCGUGUGAAGGAGCGCGGCAGGCAUGGCUGGUACUAUGAUAGUAGUUGGCCUGACAAUAGCUGCUGCUGGUUACGCAGGCCGUUACGCCCUGCAAGUAAUGAAGCAAAUGGAACCCCAAGUAAAGCAAGCUCUGCAAGCGCUGCCAAAAUCAGCCUUCAGUGGCUAUUACAGAGGAGGAUUCGAAAGCAAAAUGACCAAGCGGGAAGCUGCUUUAAUAUUAGGAGUGAGUCCCACAGCUAACAAAGGAAAGAUCAGAGAAGCUCACAGAAGAAUCAUGCUUUUGAAUCAUCCUGAUAAAGGUGGGUCUCCUUAUGUUGCAGCCAAAAUUAAUGAAGCUAAGGACUUACUGGAAGGUCAAGCUAAGAAAUGAAAACUCAUCACUGGCUUAACAAUUAGAAUAUAUUUUCAAAAUAGCCCAAAGAAAAUUGACAAAUGAAGCUGUGAUAUAUGCCCAAAGGAAAUUCUUGUUUUGAUGUAGGGCAAAUCCUUCUCUGUGGUUAUUUUCAGAAUUUAAUGUUAACCACAACUUCUGAUGCAGGAGAUGUGCAGGCUUUGUGCAGAACCAAUUAAUCAGAUAGUAAUAUCUGAAAUUCACACUGCUGUUGUUUUAGAUUAUAAAAUUAGGGUAAAUGCCAACAUCCAAGACUGCUGAGAACAUCUGUGAGGCUUAAUAUUUUGAAAUAAUUUAUUUCUCAACUGAGAACAGUUGUAUUAUUUUAUCAUAGAAUUAUGGUCUGGUAUUCAAAAAUGAUUUCAGCUUUUUUAUUACCAUGGUUUCUGAGCAAUAAAAUUCUUACAGUAUUUCUUUA